AUGCGUGACUUGAAGAAGCUCGGAGCACUCCAACGAGACAAGCGGCUCGUACAACACGAGACCCGAGGGGCAGCGACUAAAAAGUCUAAACGUACGGCACCUACUGUGCCUGUCGAUUCCGAUGGGAAGUUAUUGGAUGGCAAGCGCGUACUUUUGGUCCCGGUAGGACCCGACAUGAGUCGGAAACGCUUGGAGGUUCUGCAAGGCAUGGUGUACAAAUUAGGUGGAAGCGUGGUAGAUGCUCAAGCAAAGACAGAGUGGAGGACCGGUGCUGGGUCGCAUGAUGCCGUCGCAGCAAAGUGGAAUGAGUGUGACAUAAUCAUUGCAAGUGCUGGGCUCAAGGCCGACAAGGCAGCGGGAUUCUUGCGUGCUGUAACGUUCCCUCCACCCAACAUCGAGGCGUACACGCCGGAAUGGCUGGCGUACAUGUUGCAGAAAAAUGAGCGUCCGCCUGCUGGCUUAUUGCUGACAUGGUCUGAGCAGCAGCACAUUCAAGACGAAGCAGCAAUACAUGAACAGCAUUGUGCUGAAGUAGCCCAACAAGUAGAGGCGAAGAAAGCUCGAGCACGAAACGACAGCGAGAGUGAUAGUGACGAAGGCUCGAAUUCAGAAAACCCGGACACCCAAGAAAUCGUGCGUGCAGAUCCGGUGACGAUGGACAAUGAGGUAUUUCGUGAGCGUCAGGCUGAACUGGACGAGAAGAACAAAAGGUUGGUGGAAGAACGAGUCCCUGUUUUCUACAAGAACAACCCACACUUUCGCCCGAUCACAGAGGGAGCAAUCGCAAGCUCUAAAAAGGUCAUUGGAGAAGGGUUUAUCUGUCAGCGAUCAUCCGCUGUGCAUCAAAACCUCAACGCUCACUUGACCGAUCCGCUGGAGGAAAUGAUGGAGUUUCUCGAUGUCGAGCGAGAUGUAUGGCGACAUUACAUGUACAAGAAAGUUGUGUCGAGCUUGAAAGCCACACGCUAUCGUGUUUGUAGCGCAAAAGACUUCAAGGAUAUGCAGUGGGUAAAGGGGCGCCUACGCGACAAAGUUACCGAAAUCUUGGAGACAGGUCGACUAGCUAAGCUCGAUGCAAAGAAGAAGAACCCGCGGCUUCGUGCAUUAGUCAAGAUUGCUCGCAUAUGGGGAGUUGGCCCAGUUACAGCAGCAAAGUUUUAUCGGAUGGGAUACACAUCCAUUGAGGAUCUCAGAAAGCCCGAAGCUGCUGACGUUUUGACAGCCCAGCAAAAGAUUGGGGUGAAGCACUACGAAGAUUUCCUGACGAAGAUUCCGCGAGCCGAGGUACAGCAGAUUGAGCGGAUUGUUGCCGACGAAGUUCACCAGAUGAUACCAAAUGCUACUGCACUGGCUUGUGGAUCGUAUCGUCGCGGCAAGUCGGCUUCCGGCGAUUGCGAUAUUCUCAUCACCGAUCCAGAUGCUGACUCGUGCGAUGUUUUGCCGGGACUGCUUGAGCGCCUUCAUGCUUCAGGUUUCUUGACUGACGAUCUAAUGCACUCUCAAAAACAAAAGGCUGGAGGGUGCGACACGUACAUGGGUGUUUGUCGCGUCUCUAAGGAUCGCCCGUACCGUCGCCUGGAUGUCAAGGUCUACCCCCGACAUUUCUUUGGCUUUGCCAUCCUCUACUUUACUGGUAGCGACCACUUCAACCGAAGUAUGCGGCUAUUCGCGCACAAGAAUGGAUGGAGUCUCUCGGACCGAGCGCUCACUCAAGUGAUGCGCGCACAUGGGACGACUGUGCGGCUUGGCGACAGCGUCAUCUGCGAAUCGGAAGUCGACGUGUUCAUUGCAUUGGGACUCGAGUACAAGGACCCAAUCGAGCGCAAUUGCUUUGAUCUAAAGUUUCUUGAAGAUGAAGCGAAAGCUACACAAAAGGCUCGAGCAGGGGACGCAGGUGCCCAAAGUAGCGAGUAA